AGGAAACGGAAAACUGUGGGGAUGUGUGUGUGCGCGCGCGCCUCCCUCCGGCGCGCCUCCUUGCCUCGCUUGCGCGCGACGCGAUUCUGUGCCUGCCCGUCUGUCUAUCCAUCCGUCCCGCGGGGAGUGGGUGUGCAUUUUUCACAAUGGACACACGUGUAAUGCAACCGCAGCCCGGGCGCGGCAUUGCAUUGCCUCUUAGGUGUGUGUACAGCUGUGCACACUCGCCGCUGUAAGCCUUGCACAUUGGAGUGCGCAUCUGAAGAUGCGGGGACUGCCGUGAAGCAGCGGUGCAUGCAGAUGUAGGAAUGAGGGUCGGAGCAGACUAUCAAGCUCGCAUCCCCGAUUUUGAUCCUGGAGCUACAAAAUACACUGAUAAAGACAAUGGAGGGAUGCUUGUGUGGUCUCCAUAUCACAGUAUUCCAGAUGCCAAGUUGGAUGAAUAUAUUGCAAUAGCAAAGGAAAAACAUGGCUACAACGUAGAACAGGCACUUGGCAUGUUGUUCUGGCAUAAGCACAACAUUGAGAAGUCCCUUGCAGAUCUCCCAAAUUUUACUCCUUUCCCAGAUGAGUGGACAGUUGAAGAUAAAGUCCUUUUUGAGCAAGCUUUCAGUUUCCAUGGGAAAAGCUUUCACAGGAUACAACAAAUGCUUCCAGAUAAGACAAUUGCAAGCCUUGUAAAAUACUACUACUCCUGGAAGAAAACUCGUUCUAGGACAAGUUUAAUGGACCGCCAGGCUAGGAAACUCGCUAACAGAAAUAAUCAAGGUGACAGUGAUGACGAUGUGGAAGAAAUGCACCCAAUGGAUGGAAAUGAUAGUGAUUAUGAUCCCAAGAAGGAAACUAAAAAAGAGGGAAGUAAUGAGCAGCCUGUGCAGUCCAGCAAAAUAGGACUGGGUAGAAGAGAGUAUCAGAGUUUACAGCAUCGUCAUCACUCCCAGCGUUCUAAAUGUCGUCCUCCCAAAGGCAUGUACCUAACUCAAGAAGAUGUCGUCGCUGUUUCCUGUAGCCCAAAUGCAGCUAACACGCUUCUUAGGCAGUUGGAUAUGGAAUUGAUUUCACUGAAGCGACAGGUUCAGAAUGCUAAACAAGUAAACAGUGCACUUAAGCAGAAAAUUGAAGGUGGGAUCGAAGAAUUCAAACCUCCUGAGUCAAAUCAAAAAAUCAAUGCCCGUUGGACAACAGAAGAACAACUUCUUGCAGUGCAAGGUGUCCGCAAGUAUGGUAAAGAUUUUCAAGCUAUUGCUGAUGUAAUUGGCAACAAGACUGUUGGUCAAGUGAAGAACUUCUUUGUAAACUACAGGCGUCGUUUUAACUUAGAGGAGGUAUUGCAGGAGUGGGAAGCAGAACAAGGAACCCUGGCUUCUAAUGGUGAUGCUUCUGCUUUAGGGGAGGACACAAAAAAUACUAAUGUGCCAUCAGGAAAGAGCACUGAUGAAGAAGAUGAGGCCCAGAUACCACAGACCCCUCAGUGUGUAGGGUCUUCUCCACCUGCCCAGGCGUCUACUCCAACACCAGCAACCCCUGUAACAACUCUGAACCAGCCUCCUCCAUUACUUCGUCCAACCCUUCCGGCUGCUCCAGCUCUCCACCGUCAGCCUCCACCACUUCAGCAGCAGGCUCGAUUUAUUCAGCCAAGGCCAACCCUAAACCAGCCCCCUCCACCGUUAAUCCGCCCAGCUAAUUCCAUGCCUCCUCGUCUAAACCCAAGACCAGCGUUAUCCUCCACUGGUGGCCCACAGCCACCAUCGCUUAUUGGAAUCCAGACAGAAUCACAGUCCCCUCUGCACUAAAGAAAUAGGGCAGAACUAUGGUAACUAACAAACAGAAUUGUAUCAGUGUCUAUUUUUCCUCAGAUAAUGAUGGGGGCAGGGCGGGGGAAGAGAGCAAGCCUUCCACAGUAUUGAAGCAGUCUUACACAGAGCAUAAGGUGAAAGCCUUAGCAGAAACAUGUGCAUAGCCAUCUGUAUAAGAGAAACUUCGGUGCAGUAAAUGGUUACACCAAGACCAUCCUCUAUGAAGUCUGCCUUUUUACACAGCUAGCUUCUUUAAAAGAAACCAAGUUCAGUGCACUAGGACUACAACUGGUUUUUACUUGUAUUUAUUUUAUGAGAUUCUUUAUAUUCAAUUACAUGAAUGAAUGGAAACACAGCAUCUGGAGAGGGUAGGAGUUUCAAUUUCAGCUCCCAAGCAGGCUUUAAGUGUGGUAUAUUUGGAGAAUUAUUUUUACAUUUUCCUAUGUUAGGAGUGCAAGCAUUAAUAAGCCUGCAAUACAGAUUUUGACAGAUACACAGUAAUUUCAUACAUUUUUAAGCUUGUAUUUCCUAGAUUUCUUUAUAAAAUCUUUUCUUCAGGAACAGUUUUCAGUAUACCUAUUGGAAAAGUUCUCUUGGAAGAUUUGCAGUGCUAAGGUACAUAGGUUAAACCUAAUGAUGUGGUCUUCUGAUACUGGAAGUAUGACUUGCUAGUGCAAAAUCUGUGGUAGGCAGUGGAUGAGCCAGCAUCUUUGCUUUACAAUAAAAAUAGAAAGCUAACACCAGUAACAACCCAUUGUUUUUCUUUUUUUAAUGAUCUUUGUAAUACUGCUUUUUACCCGUUUUAUUCUGUUGUCCAAGUUCUGGCAAUAAGUUAGCAAGAAGUGCCCUCCAGAAUUUCAUAGGUCCAGGGGCAAUAGGAAAUAACCAAACAUUAAGAUGUUGUUUAUCUACCACUCCUUCCUGCUCAGGCCACCUCUAGUCCUUUUCUCUGGUAUUCCUUGCCAAUGCAUUUUUUCCUUUGUAACUUGUGUUAAAGCAGAUACCAAAUCAUGCUUUACUAAUCAAUUGGGAAACAGUAGUAUAGCUCUGUGCUGGCUUGCUUCUCUUAGCUUUGGGCAAAACAAAUGCUGAGCUUCUGUUUUCAUUAAAAGGUGUGCAUUUCUUCUCAACUGCCGCAGAUGACUUCCCCACUUCUUACUGAAGCAACGGUAUUCAACAUUCAAAGUUUAAGGUUUAGGAUGAUUUCUGCGCACAGCAAAGCCUCUUGUGUUCUACAUUUUGUAGCUCAAGUGUCAAAACCUUUGGGUUUAACAUCUUAAUCAUUAUUAAGGUGUUAAAGGGCUUAAUCCAUUACCUUUAUUCUCUCGCUCGCUCUCUCCUUUUAAAAAAAUAAUCUACAUAGAUUUUUCUUUUGUUUGUAGUAUAUUAAAUGCAAAUGUCCCUUUCAUGGGUUUCUUUUCACACUAUACCUGUGUUUCCAGCCACACUGUUGGAUUUUAAAUAUUGGCUUUUUUCCAAAGGGAGAAAAGCAGCAUUGUCAAUUGCCAGAAUUCUUGGUACUUUGUGAUUCUGGAACUUUGGUUCUGGUGUCAAUAUUAACCCUUGGAUUGGUUCUUCCAACCUGUCAAACCCCUGUACGUGCAUUUAGGCAUAACUCUCUAAAUACCAAACUAUUAACAUUGCAUUUUCAGUAUUUAAGUAUUUAGAUCAGGUCUCCCAGUGACUGUAUUUGUCCCUCUUUUGCUAACUUUUUGUCUUGUCUAUUGUUGCUAGAACUUCAGUAUACAGAAGGUUGGGUGCCAUGCAGGUGGUAAUUUUAGACUAUCAAAACUGUAACUGGGCGCUUGUGCGUUUGGGUGAGAUAGGUAUGUAGUGUAAUAUUGCUUUACAUACGCUAUACCACACAGUAAUGAAAUGUUUAGCAUUUGUAGUACUGAAUAUGUACAUAGCAAAAUGUUGUCUUUUUAAAAAAUUGUGUGCUUUCCAGAUUAUGUGCAUACAGCUUGCACGUCCUGUUUUGGGUAGGGGGUUGUGUUAAGCAGUGUUUUUGCCUGGAAGAGUGAUAUGCUUGCUGCUUAAUCAAAGAAUUAAAGUUUCCAAGGAAUCUGUGUCUAUUUUUAUGUACCUUGUAAUGGUUUAAAAUGUUUAGGGCCCAUAUACUGUGAUUUUCUUCUAAAUUCAUUUAUAUUUUUUUAAGAAUUAGAAAUAAAACUAUAUGAUUUUUCAUUUGAAAGAGGGUUUCUCUCUUGCCAUACUAUGAAAUUUUUUAAAAAUCCAGCUUGACUUUGUACCGUUGCUACAAAACAUAAUCUAUUAAUUUUGGUUUCUUUUUGUCACUUUAUGAAAUGUAAAAUGUUUGCACUCCCUUUAAGUUGGGCAGAGAAAAUAUUUCUUACAUUGGUUUUGAGAAGUGUAACUUUACAGCUCCUUUUUAUGUACAGUUUUUCAGUUACAAUAAAGAAAUAUAAAAACUUUUAA